AUGAACGACAACCUCCUCAUUGCGCUCGACCGCAUCAAGUUCUAUGCGCAGGAUGCCCUCGUGACCGUGACGCAGCGACGCGACGCUCAAGAUCAAUGGCCGGAGCUACAAGGUCGAGAAGCUCCUCGGCGAGGGCGGUUUCUCCUUUGUCUACCUGAUCCGCGACAUGAGCAGCGGGCGGCUGUACGCGCUGAAGAAGAUCCUGGUCACGACGGGCCAGGACGGCGUCGCAGCCGCCAUGCGCGAGGUCGAGGCUUACCGCCGUUUCCGACACCCGAACCUGAUCAAGCUGAUCGACUCGGCCGUGGUGCAGGACCCCUCCGCAGACGGCAAAAUCAUCUACCUGUGAGCUUGUCGAACCCGGAAGCAGCUGACAUCAGGUUCCUCCCCUUCUACACGAACGGAAACCUGCAGGACCUCAUGACGCAGGUAUCUGUAACCGGCAACCGCAUUGAGGAGGACCGCCUCCUCCGUCUCUUCCACGGAACGUGUCUUGGCCUCCGCGCGAUGCACCAGUACCGCCUUCCAGCCGUCAAUGCCUCCUACCCUCCGAAUGCGGGUGACGAGGAGUCAGCGCUGCUGCACUCGACUCCCGAGCCCGUAUCCGGAGAAGAGGGCGAGCUUGUCCCAUACGCGCACCGCGACAUCAAGCCGGGCAACAUCAUGCUGACGGACGACGACGUCCCGAUUCUGAUGGACUUUGGCUCCUGCAUCAACACAAUGCCGUACCGCGCGCCCGAGCUCUUCGACGUCAAGACGGGCACGACGCUGGACGAAAAGGUCGACAUCUGGUCCCUCGGCUGCACCCUCUUCGCGGUUGCGUACGGGUACUCGCCGUUCGAGACGGAUGGCGCGUCCAUUGCCAUGGCCGUGCUGAGCGGGCGAUACAAGCACCCGGCCGGGUACAGCGAGCGCGUCACCAAGCUCAUCGACGCCAUGCUCGUGCCUGAGCCGAGCAAACGGCCGGAUAUCCAGAAGGUCAUCGACCUCACUGAGGCCGCGAUGAGGCAGUAG